GCGAUGUGAUCCGAGCGAGCCGAUUAUUCGCUUUGAUUUGAUGCCUAAUUAAGAACCGAUCAGUUUCAGUUAAUUGAUGCCCUUUGUUUGUUUGUUGUCUUUCUUUUAAAAUGACAGAGUCGCUUGCUGAUUGAAACAAACAUCCAAACGCAGAGACGGAAAUCAAACAAACCCUGAGCGCAAAGACGAUCCAUCAGUCCGGCUGAGACGCAGAGGAGCACGGUGAGAUCCUCCGGAGCUCCGCGGAUCAUUAACGAACACAUAAAGAAACAUUAAAGGGGAUAAAGAAGUUAAAAAGAAGAAGACGACAGGAGGGGAAUCUUUUUUUCAAACUUGGAGGAGAAAAAGUGGAAAUAAAGGAGAAGAGUCCUCCGCCAUGCAACAUGAGUAACGACAGUAACGGAGCCGGGGGGCUGCAGCCCCUCUGGAACUUCAACGGGUCAUCGGUGAACCAAUCAGCUGACCUGUUCUCCAACACGACCUGCAACGUCUCCACCAACGAGACGUCCUGCUCCGCUAACGAUGGCGCCGGUGCAGGAAGUCCUUAUAAGGCUCUGGAGAUGUUUUUUAUCGCCUUGGUGACGGGGUCCCUGAGCUUUGUGACAGUGACAGGAAACAUUUUGGUCAUGCUGUCGAUCAAAGUGAACCGCCACCUUCAGACUGUCAACAAUUACUUUUUGUUUUCGUUGGCGUGUGCGGAUCUGAUCAUCGGCGCUUUCAGCAUGAACCUGUACACCGUCUACAUCAUCGUGGGGUACUGGCCGCUCGGCCCCGUGGUCUGCGACCUGUGGUUAGCGCUGGAUUACGUGGUCUCCAACGCCUCGGUUAUGAAUUUAUUGAUCAUCAGCUUCGAUCGGUAUUUCUGCGUCACAAAACCGCUGACGUACCCGGCGAGGAGGACGACGAAGAUGGCGGGUUUGAUGAUCGCAGCUGCGUGGAUCCUGUCCUUCAUCCUGUGGGCGCCCGCCAUCUUGUUCUGGCAGUUCAUCGUUGGGGAGCGGACGGUGCCACCUGGAGAGUGUUACAUUCAGUUCCUCUCUAACCCCGCGGUGACAUUCGGGACGGCCAUCGCUGCGUUUUACCUUCCCGUCAUCAUCAUGACCGUCCUGUACAUCCACAUCUCCCUGGCCUCCAGGAGCAGAGUCUCCAAACACAAACCGGAGAAGGAGAAGAAGAAGGGCAUCAAAACUCCCAGUCUGCUUAAGAGUCACCUGUUGAAGCAGAACAACAACAACGAGACCAGUCCUCAGGCCAGCCCUCGCUCCACCCCCAAGCUCAGCCUGGACUCCACCACCACCGCGCUCGACGCCGUGAAGAACGGCCGAGUGGAGGAACCCAAACCGGAGCAGAACCAGGCGCCUGCUCAGCCCAGUCCUGGACUCACACAGGAGGAGAAGGAGAGCUCCAACGAUUCGUCCACAGCUUUCAUCGCCCCCACAGAACCAAAGGAGAACCCGAACAACGAGGUCAUCUCUGAGGCGGCGAUAAAUCCAAACCCGGAUCCAUCCUCAGCCUCCAUCUCUGCUGACGCGAAGAUGGGCCCCGGCUCGAGGUGGUCAAAGAUAAAGAUCGUAACCAAGCACAGCGGGGACGAGUGCAUCACCGCCAUAGAGAUCGUACCGCCUGUGGACGGCACCGAGCGCCAUUCCAUCCCCAUCAGCCGCCCUCGGACUGUGGCGAGGAAGUUUGCGAGCAUCGCCAGGAGCCAAGUGAAGAGGAAAAGACAAAUGGCUGCCAGAGAGAAGAAAGUGACCAAGACAAUCUUCGCCAUCCUGCUGGCCUUCAUCAUCACCUGGACGCCGUACAACGUCAUGGUGCUGAUCUCCACCUUCUGCCAGUCCUGCGUCCCCGACACCGUGUGGGCCAUCGGAUACUGGCUGUGUUACGUCAACUCUACCAUCAACCCUGCCUGCUACGCACUGUGCAACGCCACGUUCAAAAAGACAUUCAAGAACCUGCUGCUGUGCCAGUAUAAGAACAUAGGAACCAGAUGAGAUGGAGGAGGAGGAGGAAGAGGAACGAGGGUGGGAGGAAGGGGACGGGGCGAACCACCACUACACAACAUGGGGGACGGAGGAAGAGAAAAGGAGCCGGUUGAAGAAAAACGGAUGACAGAUAAAUCAAGUCGAAGGAUUCCUUUGUAAAGAGAAGAGACAUCUGAAACAAAUGAACGCCCUGUCGGUACAGAUACACUCAGAAAUGUGAACCAGGGAUUCCUUAACCUGCCCUAAAACUGAAAAAAUAAAUAAAAUCACAAACUGAGCGGAAACAUGGCUUCACAGGAAUGGGGGGGGAAAUACCUAAAGGGGUUUGAAAUGGGAUUAAUGGAAACUGAGGUUGGUAGUAAAUAGUAGAUAAAGGAGAAAUGAAGGGAAUCAACAGAUAUGUGAAGGUAUGGAUUGAUGGGGUGACAGAGCUGAUGGCAACAUCUAAAACAGGGUGACAACACUGCAGCAUGCAAGGCUUAAGAGGUCGUCUUAUUUGAUAGAUAAAUGGAUGAAUAUUGGUGGCCAAUGGAUGAUUGGAUGGUUCACUGGACGGGUGUAUCAGCUCAAUCCAGCUGUUGUUGUUAGCGACUUGUCAUGUGUAGACGGAGUCUGGUCUUGUUGCUGCGGCAGCUUAACUUGUUUUUCCAAAGCUCGCACAUUCCACGACUCGUGUCCAAUCCCAACUCACGUCUUCCUGCUGUUUGCAGAAAUCCAAAAUGUUCCUUUAAUUAGUUUUCUGGCGAUGGGGGAGUUUCUCUUCAGUGUUUUUAAUUUCGAUUUGGAACGUGCCUUGCAUCACGUAGUUUGGCUUUUACUGCCGCCUAUUGGCUUUAUUGUGAACUGCGCCAUGGCCAAUGUGUCUUUCAAAACUGCCCUCACAGCAAUUGCACCCAACUGGAUUCUAUAAAAUCCACAUCGAUGCACGUAUUGGCAUUGGUUUUUUGAGCUCAGGCGUCAUGGUUGGAUGGUCGAUUGGAAGGCGUGGUCAUUAUAACAGAUCACGGCCAGACUGGCACCCACUUGGGCUUACCCGGGUUAGGUGGGCUGCAACUGGGCUCAGAGUGGCUCCUUUUGGGGCCCACAUUGGCAUAUUAGAAACAUACAGUAAACAUGGGCUAGGAAGUGGUUAACCAUUUAUGGAUACUUGAUGGGGCUCGUAAUUAAUUCACCUACAGCAGUUAACACCAGUUGGACGUCCCGAUCAAGUGAACCAACUUUUGGAUUUGUUUUCAGAAAUGGAUCUAUAAAUGAGAUACCAGAUGGAUAGAAGGAAACACCUGUUGAUCUGUGAAAGCUUGAUUAUUCUCCAAAGGCAGACAGAACUUGGACCAACCCCAAAAUUUGCAAACAAAAUGCAAUCAAUUCCACCCAGAAAGGUGUUUAUUCAAAGACAAUAGCUUGUUGUCUGACAGCCCGGGGUAUGAAGUCACUUAUUGUACUCUUCUGUCUCAUAUUGUAUGACCGUUGGCAAAGUCGGGAUGAGAGUGUGUUUGUCUGGCUGGCUUUCAUCCUCGUAAAGACAUGAUGUAUAAUAGCGGUGUUGUUCUGAACCUUCUAACAGUCCUGUGUCCCUGACACUGUGUGGGCUAACGGCUCCUCGCUGUGUUAACAGCUCGUCAUGUCCUGUACAACGCCACAUUUCAAAAGACAAUCCGAGAAACUGCUCUCGUGCCAGUGUCGAAAUACAGUCACAAAGAGAGGGAGGAAAGCAAGGGGGGGAGGGAUGGCAACGGGUUGAAACGGGCAAAAUCAGAGCUGUGAGGAGGGAAGAGAGAAAAUAAUAUUUUGACAAGUGAGUGAUCGUGGGAUGAUGGCGCUGAAGACGAGAAAAUGGUGACAGAUUGAGGCUGAAAGAUUCUCUCUAAAGAGGGGAGAAAUCAACAUCGGAGAAUUCUCUCUUAUUAGUGCAAAAACGUUUACGUCUAACCUUAACGUAACCGUAGAAACCGGUGUCUCUACUUCUUCUUAAAGGCAUGUGUUGUGUUUCUGCAGCCAUGUCUACAACUUCCUCAUAUGAGACUGUAUAGAAAACUUUAUAACAAGCUUUCACUUUCAUUUCAAGAUAAGAGCAGAGGACUUCCAGCUGAGCGUCACAGCAGGCCAUCAAACCUUAAACAUCAUAUCAAUGCACAUCAUAAUAACUGCAUGCCGCCAUGGAGCCCAGUCUUGCUUAAUGGAUCAUUCAUUUCAAAGAACCACAAAACUUGAUGCAGGUGAACUUUAAAGUAGUUUUAAAAAAAAACAAAAAACGACUGACCUUUUGGGAGCUUGAGGAAAAACCUGCAGCCGGAACAUUUCCAUUUAGGUGUACGGCAUCUCGAAAGGGAACGAUAACUCGACGGGGUUUUGGAAAUCUUGAUCCGGUUUUUUUCAUUUUCAAAUGAAAGCAGAAAAAACACGAGGUGGACACGAGGCCUCAGAGGUAAGACACCCUGAGGAACACCGCAGAAGAAUAAUUUGGAUACCUUGCGUUCGCUUGUGAUCACUUUAAGUUAAUAAUCAGGUGUGUUAGUGUCUUGCGUUGCUGCUUUUUUUAAACCAUUUGCAUGCGACAAAAUGACAAAAUGAAAUAUCAUUUCACUUUUAAACUCUUUGUCGUCGAUCAGAAUCAGAAAUACUUCACAGAAUAUAAAUAUAAAGAACAACUUUUAAGCUUUAAGAUAUAAGUAAGAAAUAUUUAAACAUUUUAUAUAUAGAAAAAAAUAUAAGAAAGAAAUCAUAAUGUACAAAAUAUGAUGUGUACCCAAUAAAGAAAACAGGCAGAUAAAGGGGAUGUCGUGAUUUAAAGCUAAACACCCAAACUGUUUAAAUAAGAUUUACAAAAGUAUCGCUGAGUUCCGACGUAUUACACAAACGAUAAGUUCAGAUUCAGGGUUGAUAUGGGCCUGGGUCAACGAUACUUUACAUUUGCUGCCGUAGGUUUGUGAAUUUAAAGUUUUUUUUAUUCUCAAGUUUUUAUUUCCAUAUUCAAAAGAUAUUAAAGGUUUAUCCCCAGAGCAUUCGUCAGAAUUUACUACAACCUUCAAGCUCAAACAGCUCAAACAAUAAACACCACGAUGAUGUAACAAUUCUGAGUGAAACUAAAAGAGGGGAGGCCUUUUUGAAGGACCAGCUCAAGGACAAAAGACGUUAAGAUGACUGAUCUUUGUCAGGUGAAAGAUGAUGAAUGAAUUGAAAUGAGUUGUCUUUGUACAGUUUGUCACGUUGAGAUUAAGGAAUAAAACGUUGAGAUGCUUUGUUAUCUUUGAAAAUAAACUUUUAAUGCAUGAAUCUAA